AGGAGAAACCUCUUGCUUGAUGGAAAAGAUAACUGAGCAGAAAGCAUUCUUGUAGAUGCCUACAAGCAGGCAGAGAGCUUUUGGGUUUUGUUGUUAUAUUCGUGUCCCAUUUCCAGUGUGAGAUGGCUACUUGGAAACGUCAAGAACUUUGUCCAUUGGGAAUGAGGUGAUGAGAGGAGCGUGCCAGCCACUGGGCAGACUUCACUCUUAAGCCCAUUCCUCAGCCUUCCCAGGAUUUCUGCCUUGGCUUUUGGCUCUGUGACAGCAGCUGUCUGUGGAUGUGGGAUGGCUUUUUAUUUGAGGGUUUUUAUUUGUUGCUAACUGGGUUUCAGUAGGUUGUUCUGUUGCGUUGUUACAGAGAUGGUGGUGUAUUUGGGAUUUUAAAAUGUUCCAGCCUGUGCCUGGGGUUUUUCAUUUAUAUUUACAGUGUUUGUUCAACUCUUAUUUGUGCAAAUUAGAAUAAUUGUAGGGCUUGAUUAUAUGUGGAGCUGGUGAGUGUUUUUAAGAGGCUGGCUUAGGUGUUCAUUGUUGGAUGUGUGUCUUCUCUGGUGUAGGUGUUCUUUCUUUAUGCAGUGCAAAGCAAACAUCAUAAACUGCCACAGCAGGGAAUGAUUUUUACCUCCGUGUAUCCCAGGGAAUCUGUCUGUAAUAGAGUAGAAAUCUACCCGAUGGGAUGGAGUGUGGGAGCCAGAAUAGCCCCCCAGCAGGGAGCCUGCCCUGUGCAGAUGGUAGGAGGUCCCAAGCUGAGCCUGGUGCCAUCAGGCUCCAGGUGCAUGCAGGUGCCCAUGUUCUCAAUGUGUGAGCCCCAGCGAACGGUUGUUCUUGGAAAAUUGGGCUUCUGUGUGAAUUACUCACUGCUGUUAUUCUCUCCCCAAGCAGCAGUUUGUUUGGUGUUUAUGGAGGGGAUGGUGUAGACACAGAUGUGAGCAGCAUCUCUUGAAUAGAAGCGAUGGGCUGGAUGUGCCAAGCACUGCUUUGGAUUUUGCUGAGAAGGAAAUUUUGUUGGAAGCUGGGAUUCCCUUCUAGCCCAAAUCUACUUGUCUCUUUUCAUUUACUCACGGCUUCUUAGAAACCAUGAAUUUUCUGCCUCUAGGAAAAGCAGAGAUGUCAUCUGAAGCUGAGUAAUCUCCUUUGAUUACAUUUUGACAGACAUGGCACCGAAUACGGAGAGCUGAAGCGGAGAUCUCUUUGAUCUCACGAUAAAUAACCUGGGACUCGGAGUAAAUUAACCAACCUUUGCAAAAAGAACCAGAAUUAAAAUAAAUACAGAUUUCUUUCCUUGUUUCAGAGAGGAGGAGGCUGCAGUGAUGGCAGUUGAAAUCUCACUUGGCAAAAAGGCUGUUGAGAAUUAAUUUAGAGAGCCUUUUCUGUAGAGGAGUCCAGCGGCUAUUAAACGAGUAGAGCAAACAUUUACCUUGCAUGGAUUUCUUCAGAGCAGUUGUAGCCCAUCAGUGUUUAAAAGUGCUAUUCUCUGAUGACAGAAAUGUGGCAAUAGGGAAACAUGUAAUAAACAUCAGCUGGGUAACUUUCUGAAUCUUUUCAGAGUCCCUGGAGAGGUUCUUUAGGCUUAAAUCUCAUUAUUUACACUGCGGGAAUGUGUGUUAAAUGCAUUUUUGAAAAUAGGCCCAGGAUGUUAGGAAGCUGGGGAUGCUGGAAUUGAUAUGAAGUGCAGCUGCUUGGAGGCUGGUUCUAGGGGAUGUACCUGUGGGACAGCCAUUUGGAUAGGGCACGUGCAUCCAGGCACCCUGUGUGAAGGUGUGUGCUUGGGGCAGUCUGGUUCCUGUAUCUGGGGCUACAGGGAUAGCUAUGGCCUCUGAUUAUUUCAGCUGCAGCUGUAUUCCAUUUGCUUCAACUUCUUUUACUGACCCAUCUGUGUGAAUGUUUGAGGUUGGUUGUGGAAAAGAGCUGGUGGGCUCUUUGUGUGGUGCUGGUGGAACUGAACAUCGUAAGGUUUGGAUCUUUAUUUAACAGAGAGGUUAUAAAGAGUGAAGGUCAAAGAAGACAAAUGGCAUUUUGCCAGCUUAGCAAAUGCUGCUGUGUUUCUCCCCCCUCUCCUGAGAUCCCUGUUGCUUUUAAAGUGCUGUUUAAUUUGGCUAUCUGCUAGUCUACCGCUGCAGGAGAAAAUGCAAAUGACUGAUUGGAUUUGAGGUGAAACGAAAACAGCCUGAGCUAAAGAGGCAUCUAAGUAAACUGAAAUUGGCUCUUUGACAUCGUUGUUUGCAUUGUGAAAUAUAAAAAGACAAAUGGUAUGGAACACCCAAAGCAUUAAACAACAGCCAACUAACAAAGGCUUGUAGAGAAGCCCUUAGCUUAGCAGUAUCCUUUGUUUUCUAACUAUGAGCUAUAUUUCUUUUUAAUUAAUGCAUGAAAUGACACCUGUGAGUUCAGCUGCAUCACUACAAAGGGUGCUGCCUUAUCCUCUGCAGGCUAUGUGAGGUGACGUUGGAUGCGAGAAGGCGUUCAAGGAGAGUUUAAGUUGUCACAUCAAAGCUCUCAAAUAGCAAAAAGCAACAGCUUUAAUGGCUGCACCAUCAGAACGUGACUCCCUGUGGCAGGUGGAUAAUGACAGUCUCACAGAAAUCUCUGCUACUUCACAGGAAUUUCCAGGUACAAGGAACGUCUUUUAUCUGAGAAUGCCAAUAGAUAAUACAUGGGGGCCUUACAGUAAGUGGCCAUACAUGAAAUAGUACAGAUUUUAAAGGCAGUGUGCACAAAGUUACCAUAUCAGCCCCGUGACCAGGUGAGCUUCAGCCUUCACUUCAUCACCUGAGUGCAGUGACAUUUAUGCUGCUGCUCAGUUGAGCGUGCUGCUGAGCUUAUUGACUAACAGCAGCAUCCUGUGCAAUGGGAAUUCUGCAGUGUGGGUGUCAGGAGUAUCCCAAGUCUGAUUUGAGUGUAUUAACACUGUGAUUAACACAACUCUCCAGAAGGGAAAAUGGUCAUUAGGAAACCUUUUUAAUUUCUAAUUUCGCUUGUUUCUGAAGAUGCCUUCUGUGGCAAGUACAGCUCUGUUCUUUGUGCUAUCUGUCUUUGUGUCUAUCUGCUCCUUGCUACAAAUAACCGCAGGGCUGUGGCAAAGCAGGUAUUUCUUUGUUCAGCUUUCUUAAUCUCUCAGUGCUCUCGUCUUAAGGUUUGAAGGAUGUUUCUAACACCAAGUGUGUUGUGCGGCUCUUUUCCUUUCCCCAUAGCAGCUCUCCACUGCUACCACUAUGUAAAUGAACACCAACUAUUGCCAAUGGUGCAAAGGCUCUGAGCGUUCAGGUUCCCGUGUCAAGGUUUUUGGUUGUUAUCAUGAUUAAAUUUGCAAUCCUGAGGGUUGUUAUCAGAUAACAGCGAGGCAGAGAAUUCAUUUUCAAAAUGAGGUUUCCAAUCUUAGUAGGGCCUGAGAGGAGAGAGCAAAAGGGGUGGUAGCUGAGGUAGAAGGAAGAGGAAAUUUAAACUUUGAGUUAAUACUGAAAGUUGCUUUGGGGCGGAAAGUUAUAAUUAGGCAAGUCAAAAAUACAAACAUACGUCAGUGAUUAAUUUCCUGCUUGUGUCUCUUGUCUUUAAAGCAUAAAAGUGCCAAUCUGAAUCUUUUGACAUUGCCAGUUAAUUUCUGGGACAGUCGUGGGCAGUGGCAAGGCUCUUCCCCGAGCUGAAUUCAGUUUUUUCCUGAGCAAGGGCUCAGAAAUAACCACUUGUAUGAAAUUGCAGCUUUCUAGCUGUCAGAUUUCAUGAGCUCUACAGAAAUGGUCCAAUUGGCACAGCCAGGUAAUGGUGGUAAUGGUAAAGCUGCGGCUGGAUGUCCUUGCUGCUCUGUACUGUGCUCAGAAUCCCUGCAGUUAGGGGCAGACAUAAUAAGUACCUCUGCUUAUUCCUCCCCUGCUCUUCCCCUUUGUACUGUGUGCCAUGUUUCACGGCUCCACAGUUCUGAGCUUUAAAUACAAGUUUAUGCCCUCAUUUUCUUUUGUGAGAAAUGGCGUUGCGUGCUGCUAAUCUCUUUUGUGUUGCCUCACUUGUUUUUAUUCUGCUUAAUUUUCCCAGUAGUACAGUUUGUGGCAAUUGGCUUCAGAUAUUUUAGUAGGAAUCCUAUUGUAUCACAUUUAAUAAUAGAAAAGGAUGUGAGAGCAGGGUGGUUUUUUCCUUGGCAGAAUUACCCUGAAGUUGCCACCUUCUGGUUCAUUCAGAAAUUCCCUUAACCAUGCAAAAUGUAGAGACAUUAGUGGUAAAGGAGCUGAUGCUCUCCUUUUUAUACUGCUUUCAUUGCUAGCUUUAAAAGGUGUUAAAAAGAGAAGACGUGAAUUGGUGUUAGACUGGCUUUGUGUUGUUUUUUUGUUUGUUUGUUUUUUCUUUGUGGUAUGUAUUGAUUUACAGUUCAUUUGAUAGUCGGCAGCUGUGAUCUUAAGGAGGACCUUUAGAAAUGGGCUGAAAUCAAAGAUAUGUAUAUGGAUGAAUGCUCCCGUUAGUUUCAGCAAAACAUAAUCUCUCAAAUUCCCUAUGGAUUGGAAUGGAAUGGGUAUGAGCUGUUCAGCCGUGAAAAAUGCAGUGAAUGCAACAGAAAAGACCCUUUGGUUUGAUCCAUCUAUCGAUUGUGUUUGAUGGCUGUCAGGUGGGGAGAGCAGAGGGGAGAGGGGGAAAGUAACAGAAAAAAAAUCAGUAGGUAGAGGGAUAGAGGGCAGAUGGGAAACUGGACUUUUCUUCCAGUAGAUUUGAUAAUGGGAUUCUGAGUAAGGAAUUGAUGUGCAAUCUGUAUCAAUCUUGUUCUAUUUCUGAAAACCCUUUUUAGGUUUGAAAUUCCACUGUAGACUGAUUUCAUUAACAGAGUCACUUCAAGAGGAAUGUGUGCUUUCUCACCGUCAGUUAGCCUUCCUAAAUGAUGGGUUUGUAAACCUGCGGUCACUGAACUGAAAGGUUUAAAAAGCUCGGAGCACCAAAAUGCUCCCACCAAGGCAGCCUUGCAGCCAGAGCUUCUGCAGGGUGCAAAGGCCUGGUGUCAGAAAGGCAUUUUGGAUCUGAAAAUCUGUAUUUACUGCAGGGUUGUAAAUAUAGAGAGCAUAAUUGGCUGUUCUGAAGCACUUUGGAAGUGGAAAUGCUGAGUCAGGCCUUGAAGCAGUAAUUGAGCACCUGGUGGAAAGCAGGGCCAACCCAGGGGAACUCAGGUGUAUGCAAUGAACCUGAGUGACCAGAAGGGUUGGGGCCAGGAUCCACCCCUUCCUAGCCCUCAUUUAAGAGUGGGCAGUGGAGGUGAGGGUAUCUUGUUGGAGAUCUCUGCAUACCUGAGGCUUUCUGAAGGGUAAGGAUGUGAAGGUGACACAGGAUCAGAGCAGCUCUGUGAACACCAAUGGCUGCAUGCCAAGGCCAAUGUCCCGCCUUAGCUUUCCUUCUGUCCAUGCUGCUGCAAGGCUGAAGUCCUGCAUUAGAAUAAUGUUGCUGUAACUGGUGGUGGACUGUCUGAUCUGAGUCACUGAUGUUGGUCGUACCCAAUCCUCUGAUCCAGCACACGUGCUUUAAAGCCCUGUUGCAAAAAACAUGCUUUAUGUCAGUGCUCAGCUCAGUAGCUGCUACAAAGCAUGCUGGAAAUCUGAAGCAAGCAGAUCCCAGGAAGACUUCAGCUACUACACCAGCUGUCUGUGUUGUCCUCUCCUGCCCUUGUGUGCUCCCAAAAGUUGGUGCACAUGUGUUAGUGGAAACCUUGUGCAAGUCUUGCAGGGCUGGCCAGAAACCUACCACACAUUCUCAGUUUUCUCUGCUGAUUGUGGCUUGUGCCAUUAGAAUGAACCACAGCGUCGUCUGUCAGAUCUACUUACACUUAUUUCUAAAGUUCCAUAAAGCCUGUUUUACCAGACUGGGUAAUUCAAAGCAUUUGUUCGAAGCGUUGCUGCUGCUUAUGUUACCACAGGCUCUACAAGAAAACCAAGAUCCUCUGCUGAAAGAGGUUGGUGACCAAGUAACAGCAGAAACGGUCUUGGUGCUUAAUGCUGUCUUUGCUUCAGUCUUCAGCACCACAGGCUCCUGUGUUUCUGUGCUCUGUGAGAGGGAGGAGAAAAGCUAUCAGUGGUUGGUAAGGGCCAAGUUGGGAAUUAUUUAUAAGACCUCGACACAAGGGACUGAGUCCAUUGGACAAGAUGAGCUGCAUCACGUUUUCAGCAAUGUCUGGGAUCAAAAAUCAGAUAAGUGUUUCCCGGUUUGCUUGGAGAGGAGCAAGCUAAGUUUUUUCCUGGUGAGUUCUCCAUCUCAUUGUCGUGCUGGAGCACUCAGCCUUGUGCCUCCCCGAGGAUCCUUACCCUGUAUGGAAACUGCAGCAGAGCUUUUGUUUAUGUAUGUGUUACCAUUGAGGGCUUGUGCAUUGAGCAGCACAACUCCAAUGAAGGAGAAGAGUCAGCUUCAGUGGUUUUGAUGCAGAAUUCGUAAUGCAGUGUCUCAGCUUCAAGCAGCCUCUGUACAGCUACGCCCUCUUCGAUACACAUACAGAAGGAAGGAAGUUUUGCAUCUGCAGCUGUCAGGAAUGUACUUUGGCUGAUGAAUGCUGUCAGAACUUAAAGACGGGAUCCCAUAGUGGGUCAGUUAAGCUUUAUUGGUCUGCCAGAGCAGAUUAUCAUUUUAUUUAACCAGAGAAGUGGUUUUCAUUGUCACUUGAUUGCCAAGGGUCUGUCAGCAUUUCCAUUAUAAACCUCCUAUUUUCAGGGAUUUUAGUAGACUUGAGAUUUAAGUGUUCUGGUCUAAAACUUGGCAAGCAUGCUCUGAGUUCACCAGCAGAUAUUUUCUUUGUGAGAUUUUAAAACAGUCAGCUGUUUCUUAAAUUGUAGAGAAGGCGAGGGGAUUUUUUUUCCUCUCGAUUAAGCAGAUAGGACUAUUUUUUUUCCACCCUUCUUAUUCCAACUAGAUAUAUGAAAAUA